AAGCUACGAGGUAUCGCAGAUCAUAGGCUAACACUGAAGGAGGAAUCCGGUGGCCGUUGUUGCUACACAGUGAGUGUCGCUCCUGAACCCCCUCUAGCGGAUGACUGCAUGCGGUAAACUAGAGUGAACCAGGAACAUUCCGCACUCGGCGAGGACGUAGCGGGAACCGAGAGGUGUCUGGAACAACUUCGCUGUCAUUUUCAAGGGCUGCUGUCUAGACUUUCUCUGAUCAUACUAUAGGACCAUGGCUGCAGUGUUAGCUUCACCUCUGGCUCCCAUUAGGAAAGGCAGCAGAGUGUUUUUUUCUUUAAACUCCUACUUUCACUGCAGCAGUGGACUGGCCUCCAAAGAGCACUACAAGAUCGUUGUGCUUGGGGGCGGAAGUGGUGGCAUUACGAUGGGGGCUCGCAUGAAAAGGAAAGUCGGUGCAAAGAAAGUGGCCAUCGUGGAACCCAGUGAGAUGCAUUAUUACCAGCCCAUUUGGACAUUGGUUGGAGCAGGAGCUAAAAGCAUUAACUCUUCUGGACGUCCCACUGCUAGUGUGAUGCCUUCUGGAGUGAAAUGGUUCAAGUCCAGGGUCACGAAGAUUGACCCUAAGAACAACACUGUCUCCACAGACUCUGGCAAAGAACUUUCCUAUGACUAUCUGAUCAUAGCUCUUGGCCUCCAGCUUCACUACGAGAAGAUCAAAGGCCUACCAGAAGGGUUUCAGCAUCCUAAGAUUGGCUCAAACUACUCACUACAAACGGUUGAGAAGACGUGGAAUGCAUUACGUAACUUCAAGGAGGGAAAUGCUAUUUUUUCUUUUCCUAACACUCCAGUGAAAUGUGCAGGGGCUCCACAGAAGAUAAUGUACCUUUCUGAAGCCUACUUGAGAAAGACAGGAAAGAGGUCCAAAGCCAACAUUAUCUACAACACUUCAUUGCCAGUGUUGUUUGGAGUUAAGAAAUAUGCUGAUGCCUUAUGGGAAAUUGUGAAAAGUCGGGACUUGAAUGUAAACCUUAGACACAACCUCAUUGAAGUCAGACCAGACAAACGGGAAGCUGUAUUCGAGAACCUUGACAAUCCUGGAGAGACUAAAAUUUUUGAGUAUGAGAUGCUCCAUGUUACUCCUCCUAUGGGUCCACCUUCAGUGCUGAAAGGCUCCUCACUGGAGGACGAGGCCGGCUGGCUUGAUGUAAAUAAGGAUACCCUUCAGCACAAGACGUAUGAUAAUGUUUUUGGAAUUGGAGACUGCACCAAUGUACCAACAUCCAAAACUGCAGCUGCUGUGGCUGCACAGUCUGCUGUACUUGACAGGACCAUUACCAAAGUAAUGAAGAAGGACAAGCCUGAUAAAAAGUAUGAUGGCUACACCUCCUGUCCUUUGGUGACAAGCUACAACACAGUUAUCUUGGCAGAGUUUGAUUAUAAUGGACAGCCUUUAGAGACCUUCCCUGUGGAUCAGGGCAAAGAAAGCAGAAUAAUGUAUCACAUGAAAGCCGACCUGAUGCCCCACCUGUACUGGCAUGGUCUUCUCAAGGGUCUUUGGGGAGGCCCAGGUCCAUACAGAAAACUCAUGCAUCUUGGGAUGAAAUAGAAUCUGCUAGAAAGCAAAGGCUUCCGAAAGGAAUCAGCAUCACUAAUAUGAGUUGAAUGUACAUUCUACUAAGCUUUGUAAUGUUGUUGGUGCUUUUGUGUGAGGAUUGGAGGCCCAUUAUUAUGAUUGUUUAUUUUUCUUCUGAAAUGCAGUGUGUAUGUGUACUAAAAAGUUGAAAUAGAAAUCCUUACAGCCAACAACCUGCAUUAAUAAUAAACAAAUUAUUGCGGUUGUACAAUUCCAA